UAACUUCAAAGAAGCCGAAGACUCUCCGAAGCUUUAGAUGGCACACUUUGUUUUUCCGGCCUCGGCAUCAAACCGGAAGUCAGACUCGCACGAGUGCAUCCAAAAUGGCGACUCCCAUGCAUAGAUUGAUCGCUCGAAGACAAGCGGAGGCGAACAAACAGCAUGUCCGCUGUCAGAAGUGUCUGGAGUAUGGACACUGGUCCUACGAGUGCACUGGGAAAAGAAAGUACCUUUACAGACCCUCCAGGACAGCCGAGUUGAAGAAGAAACUCAAAGACAAGGAGAACAAUCCUUCAGAUGAUCUGGGAGCUGGAAUAAUACCACGCAGUGAGAGAAAAACAAAGAAAAAACGGUCCUCCUCCAGCUCCAGCAGCAGCAGUAGUGAUUCGUCCAGCUCUUCCAGCGACUCUUCCUCGGACAGCAGCGGCUCCUCGAGCUCCUCUUCCUCGUCUGAAGACAGCAGCAGUGACAGCGAUGACAGCUCCAGCCCUUCCUCCUCCUCCUCGUCUUCCUCCAGUUCUGACUCCGAUUCCGACUCCUCGAGCAGUUCUGAUCAAGGGCCUCCGAAGAAGAGAAAAAAGAAGAAAUGAGGGUCAAACACAGAACUCGUGUCAUGGACAGUGACAGUACUAAGAAGACUGCUGUUGAAUAAGUGAGAGUACUUAAGAGAUGUAUAUGUAUAUCGUCGUCAUUUUUUUUGUAGAAUGUGAAAUUAAAACACAUCCACUGUUACAUUUGCUUAUUUAUAACUCUGUUUUCUCUCCUCGGCAGAGUCUAGUGGUGUCUCAAGCAGUUCAGAUACUGCAAUGAUUUACUCAUUCAUUCAUUCAGUUGGUUUCUUUUGCAUCUUUUUGACCGUAAAUGCAUCUUUUUUUAAAGAAUGAGCAUUAAGUAGGAAUUGCGGCUGAGGUGUAUUAACGUGGUCUUAUGAAAUAAACUGAUUUCUUACAGAAAGAAAUGUA